UGUGUUUACGUAUUUAAGCAGUGCUUGGUUGUGUUUCUAGUAAUUAAUUUCUAUUUUCUAUUUUCAAUUUAAUAAAUCACAAUGUCGUCUUGGAAAAAAGCUUCCAAGAGCAAUCAAAAGGUGCAUAGGGAGCGUCACCAACCAGAGGCACGCAAACAUCUUGGUUUGCUUGAAAAGAAAAAGGAUUACAAGAAACGAGCGAACAAUGAGCAUUACAAGGAACGCACAUUGAAAUUGCUGCACAAACGCGCGCUGAAUAAAAAUCCCGAUGAAUUCUACCAUCAUAUGAUUAAUUCAAAGCUUGAAGAAGGUGUACAUCAUGAAAAGGAACAAGAACCGGAUGAGCAUAGCAAGGUGCAGAAAGCAUUGAUGGAGACACAAGACACACAAUAUGUGACUAUGAAACGUACCAUGGAAACGAAAAAAAUUCAGCGACUCCAAUCACAGCUGCAUAUGAUUGAUUUUGCUAAUACCGUGACAAAUGCGCAUACCUUCUUCGAGGAGAACAAGGAGGGCGAGGUUGUCGCAAAGGAUUUGAGCAAAAUGGAAUUAGCACAACGUCUUGAGACACAUCCAAGUUUACUAGAACGUAAAACGAAUCGUCCACGCAUACAGGACUUGGACAAAAUGAAAUUACCGGAGCUAACGCCACAGGAAAUACGAAAAGCCAAUGCAUUGAAGAAGCAAGCAUACCAGGAGCUCACCAAACGUAUUGAACGAGAAAAGGAAUUGGCGGUAGCACAGCAGAAGCUGCAACUAAAGCGUGUACUGAAACAGCCACGCUUACUGAAACCUAAAAAAGUAAGGAAAGGUACUAAGGAUGCGCCACCAGUAUAUUGCUUUAAAUACGAACGCAAAAAGUAAAUUAGAAGCUAAUAUUAGUUACUGCAAAGUUCAUAAUGUUGUGUAUAAAAAAAAAAUAAAUAUAUUUUGUACUAAAUAAAAACAUGUUUGUACACUUGCGUCGCAUGAAUGGAAA